AUGAAGAAAAUUAGAGGCAGCAAUAACAGUAACAACAAAGGCAAAAAUGAAGGUAGGCAAAGUAGAAGAGAGAACAAAUCUGAAGGAAUUGAUUACAUAAGCCACUUACCAGAAGCAAUUAUACUUCAUAUCCUCUCAUUCCUGCCUUUAAAGGAGUUGGUUGCAGUAAGCUUUUUAUCAAGACUCUGGAAAAGCAUGGUACUGGCCCUCAUCUCAAUGGUACCAUCAAACUUAAAUCUUGAUGAAAUUAAGAUGAUGGGAAAAUAUGUAUGUAGGAGAGAAAUCUGCUAUCCCGAAUAUGGCGAUGGUCAUACCCCCAAUAGUGCUCAUCAAUGCCUAUGCCAUUCAGUACGAGCAGCAAGGAGGAAAUUCGAGGAGUUUGUGGACCGAACUCUCCUGCUUCACACUGGAUGCACCAUUGAGAAAUUACGAUUAUCUAUCUGUUAUGACCAAAACAUGCCACUAAAAGACUCUACUGAGACUUAUGAUGCACACAGUGAAUACACCAAAAGAAUUGACAAGUGGGUUCAAUUUGCUUUUAGAAAUAACAUAAAAAAUUUGGAAUUAGACUUUUCCAAAGGGAAAAUGUUUGAGCCCACAGGCUGGGAUAAAAUAUAUGACAUGCCUCAUGGCAAUUUUGCACCCAAAAACUUGAAAACUUUUAUUCUCAACUACUGCAAGCUAAGACCAUCUAUUUUUGUAGUUUUUGGUUCUCUUCAAAGGUUAUCUUUUAAGCAGGUGAAAAUUUUUGGCUGCUCAGUACUGACAAUAGGAGAGCUUGUAGCCAAAUGUCCCACUCUGGAAGACUUAAGCCUGGAAUACUGUAUUAUUCCUAAUGACUUUAUGGUAAGUGACCAAGACAUGAAGAUCAAAAGAUUGUCACUGAUCAACUGUAAAACAGAUGAGUGGCCCAUGUUUCCUAUAGAAAUAUCAGCUCCAGACUUAUUGAUGCUGACAAUGGUAGGAGUAUACCUUAUGAACUCAACCGUUCGAAAAGCAUUGCAUCUAGCCGAUGUUGUAAUCGACAUUAAACAGAAAUAUGGAGACCAUAUACAAGGAGAUGCUCUAGGUAUACUGCUGACUAGUCUAAAACAUUGCCAAACUCUUACAUUGAGCACUUGGUGCAUUCAGGUUCUCCCUACUGGUGAAAAUUUGCUACAGCAAUUGCCAAUUCAACUCCUAAAUCUUAGGCAGUUAAAAAUUGUAGUGGGCUUAACAAAACAAGAAUAUCCUGGAAUAGCUUGCCUAUUAAGGAGUUGCCCCAACAUGGAGAGAUUGACUCUAGAUAUGCGUAGACCUAUGAAUGUUGUUUGGAAUGCACUCCAAGAUUUCAUUCCAAACAUAUUUGACUUUGAAGAGCACAGCUAUUGGCAAUCACAAAAUCUGCCAUACCAGUGCCUGCAACACAGUCUUAAGAAAGUCGAGGUGAAUGGGUUUGUUGGAAGAAGCAAUGAGAUGAAGAUGAUUCAGUUUUUACUGGAAAAUGCAAGAGUACUUGAAAAGAUGGUCAUCUCCUUCAUUGGAAGGAAUGCUUUUGCAGCGAGCACCCAGCAACAACAAAAUAAUUAUAUGCAACUCCAGAACAAUUCACUUCAGCUGUUAAAUUUCCCAAGGGCAUCUUCUCAAGCUCAAAUAGAAAUUUUUGGAAACCCUUACAACAACACCAUGUGA